UCUUGGCCACCAGGCGGCCGCCUACCAAAAGUAUAUUUCAUACUUUUCAUACCGCGAUUCUCGAAUCUCGAUAAAAUAAAUAGUGUGGUGUAGAAAAAUGGCUGCUUCUGUGUUAGGGCAGACGCUUUUUUCGAAAAUGCUAAAUAUGGGUUGCCGCUUCCGGACGUCAAGGGUGUUUUCACAGAAAUUAAGGAAUUUAGCAACUCAAUCACAACCUCAAAUUGUUUCAAAAGAAGGAACCGACGUCCCGUCAAUAGAUCCACUAAAACAUCCAGAUUUCUUUGGAGUUCAUAAACUUUUUACAGUUCAAGACUUAUUCAAAGCAAGAGUGCACUAUGGUCAUAAACUUGGCUCUUUAGACGAUCAUAUGCGUCCUUACCUGUUCGGAUCUCGCUUGGACCAUUUGAUAUUUGAUCUCGAUAUAACAGCUGACCAUCUACGACGAGCCCUCAAUUUCACUGCCCACAUAGCAUUUAACGGUGGUAUAAUUGUUUUUUUUUGUAGAAAUACGCAAAACGCGCAUCUCGUUGAUAAAACUGCUAAAGAAUGCGGGGAAUAUUCUCACACAAGAUUUUGGAGGGGUGGAAUAUUUACCAACGCUGAUAAACAGUUUGGCGACGCGACACGUCUACCCGAUUUAUGCAUAUUCCUAAAUACUUUGAAUAACGUAUUAAAUCAACAUACCGCUGUUCGAGAUGCAGCUAAAAUGUGCAUCCCCACUGUAGGCAUUGUCGAUACAAAUUGUAAUCCAAACCUCAUCACUUACCCUGUUCCUGGAAAUGAUGAUACACCUGUGGCGAUUGAACUCUAUUGUAGACUAUUCAAAACUGCGAUAUUACGUGGUAAAGAAGCAAGAAAAAAAAUAAACAAUCAACUGAAAAAUUGAACGAAGGUUAACUUUACCAAAUUAUAUAUUUAAGAUUACCACAGUAUAAUGUACAAAAUUUAAUAAACAUCUCAUAGUAACAACAAUAUUGGAUAGAUGUGGUAAAUAAAAUGUCUGUUUAAAAACCAUCUUUCUUCUCCCCGAUCAAUAUAAUGACUUAUAAUGACUACUACCAUAAAAGAUUUCAGUAGCACUGAAUGGGAAAGGGAACUUAUCUCCUGGUAUAAAAGCAAAGGUGCAAAAAUUGGAGAUAUUCGCAAAAGUCAAAAAGGAUCCAUAACUGAUGGACUCUAAUGGUACUUGACUGUAUUAUGGUAGAAUUAAAA